UGCAACAACAGUUCAAUUCUACGCCCAAUUGAGACAGCGAUGGGGAGCGAGGAGGAGAGCGCGGUGAAGGAGCCCUUGGACCUUAUUCGUCUCAGCCUCGACGAGCGCAUCUACGUUAAGCUUCGUCACGACCGCGAGCUUCGUGGCAAGCUCCAUGCUUAUGAUCAGCAUUUGAAUAUGAUACUGGGUGAUGUUGAAGAGAUUGUUACGACUACAGAUAUUGAUGAUGAAACAUACGAGGAAAUUGUCAGGACCACGAGGCGUACAGUCCCGUUUCUCUUUGUCAGAGGUGAUGGUGUCAUAUUGGUCUCGCCUCCAUUGAGAACAGCUUAGCACUGCUGCUACAUAUCUCUUCCAAAUUUUGGUUGAAGUUCAGAGUUUGGAGGGAAUGAGUUCUUGAGGAAGUUGAAAAAGUAAUACAAGAUUGAGUUCAAAGGCACACUCUCUAAGGCAGGCCAUGGAAGAUCCAAAUAUAUAUAUCUCAUCUCAAGGUACAUUUUCGAAACCGUCGGUUUUUUUUAUUUUACAA